ACGUGACCACACGCAGUUAACCGCAAGGCAGUGGAAUGGCAUGAUUAAAUAACAACAGUCAUAAUUCCCCGAACCAAGAUUCGAGUCACAGACGGAGUCAGAUCUGCGUUGAACACACUAUUUUCCAAUUAUCUUCAAUUCUCUAAUUUUGCCCCUCUCCCUUUCAACGUGAAUACCCUCAUAAAUGGUGUCGAGUGAGGAGAACCUGCUUAACUGAACUCACAAGUUCCCUGGCCGUCCGACUGCGCCCUGAGGGAGUUGCUUUGCACCACGAAAGCGCCCGGUGUUGCGGUUCUCCUCCUCUCCCCUUCAACACUAAAAACCAAGGAGAUUUCACUCGAGUCGUGCUGUUGUUUUAUGGAUAUCACCGCUGAGAUGAUCCCAAGGUGAGGCCAGAAAGCUGACCAGCAUCCCUGUCUGUCUGUGCAUCCUCAAGACCUCACCUCCACAUCUGAUUGGACUAUUGGAGCCCCUGAGGAAAACAAAAUGUCUGCCGCUAUGAGCGCCCCCCUCCUGGCCCUCCUCCUCCUCCUGCUGCCCUUGGUGUCUAGUCUCCACCACUCUGACUGUGUCAUCAAGAGAGAACAGGAGAAAUGUAUGGAGAGGAUGGCAGAGGAUGACCCAGAAAACGGCCUAGAGUUUAGUAGGUUCCGGUGCCCAUGGUUGUGGGAUAACCUGACGUGUUGGCAGCCUGCCCGGGUGGGAGAGGUGGUUGUGGUCAGCUGUCCAGAGCUCUUCAUCCAGUUCAUGAGCGAGGAGGAUGAUGAGCUAGGGAAGGUGAGUCGUAACUGUACGGAGGGCGGCUGGUCUGAGACCUUCCCUCAUUAUGUGGAUGCCUGCAUGUUCGACGAACCCAACGGAACCCACGAGCAUCCGGACAUGUACUACGUGUCAGUGAAGGCUCUGUACACGGUGGGGUACAGCACCUCUCUGGUUUCUCUCUGUACAGCCAUGGUCAUCCUUUGCAGGUUCAGGAAGCUGCAUUGCACCAGGAACUUCAUCCACAUGAACCUGUUUGUGUCAUUCAUUCUGAGAGCCAUCUCUGUCUUCAUCAAGGACGGGGUUCUGUACGCAGAGGAGGACAGCAACCACUGCUUCUUACACACUGUGGAGUGUAAGGUGGUGAUGGUGUUCUUUCACUACUGUGUCCUAUCUAACUACUUCUGGCUGUUCAUUGAGGGCCUGUACCUCUUCACUCUAUUAGUAGAGACAUUCUUCCCUGAGAGAAGAUACUUCUACUGGUAUACCAUCAUUGGCUGGGGGACCCCCACUAUAUGUGUGGUGAUAUGGGCAGUACUCAGGCUGCACUUUGAUGACAUAGGGUGUUGGGAUAUGAAUGAUAAUGCUGGUAUCUGGUGGGUGAUUAAGGGACCUGUACUGGCCUCUAUCAUGAUCAACUUUGUCCUCUUCAUCGGCAUCAUAAUCAUCCUUGUCCAGAAACUGCAGUCACCAGACAUCGGUGGGAAUGAAUCCAGUAUUUACCUGCGUCUGGCGCGUUCCACCCUGCUCUUGAUCCCUCUGUUUGGGAUCCACUACACUGUGUUCGCCUUCUCACCCGAAGACGUCAGCAAGAGGGAGAGGCUGGUGUUUGAGCUAGGCCUAGGGUCCUUCCAGGGCUUCGUUGUGGCUGUUCUCUACUGCUUUCUGAAUGGAGAGUAUCUCCCUGAAGGUGCAGUCGGAGAUCAAGAGGAAAUGGCGCAGCUGGACGGUGAACAGGUACUUUGCUGUGGACCUGAAGCACCGGCACCCUUCGUUGGCCAGCAGUGGGGUGAACGGGGGAACGCAGCUCUCCAUCCUCAGCAAGAGCAGCUCUCAGAUCCGCAUGUCCAGCCUACAGGCCGAGUCGCCAGCCACCUAAGCCACCUGAACUUCAACGGUGAAGCCCAGGACCAGAGCCAGGGAGAGACCACAACUACUACUACUACUACUACUACUACUACUUCUAUCACCCCUACACCAAGACCCAUCAGCCACUUCCACACUGGUCCUGAUACUAUGACCAACCUCACCCCUACACCCAACCUCACCCCUAUACCCACACCCAACCAUGGACCACUACCAGUGACCAGCCUCACCAACCCAUACCCUUUCCCCAACCCAUAUCCAGACACCACCAACCCUUACCCAGAGACAACCAACCCGUACCCUGACACAACCCUGAUCCUGGACUCUGGAGAACGCAUCCCGGACCCUCCUAACUGCACUGCACCCAAAAGCCCAACUGAGCCCUUCAUAUAACGAACUGGAUCAACAACUCAACCCUAAUAAAGCCAUGACGAAUCAAUCACACCUAAACAAGCCCAAUCCCUAACCCUAUCCAAACUAACCAACCUAAUUACAAUCCAAACUAACCCAACCCCUAGCCCUAUUCAAACUAACCUCCCCAAUACAAUCCAAACUAACCCUAGCCCUAUCCAAACUAACCUAACCCCUAGCCCUAUCCAAACUAACCCAACCCUUAGCCCUAUCCAAACUAACCCGACCCCUAACCCUAUUCAAACUAACCUACCCAAUACAAUCCAAACUAACCCAACCCCUAGCCCUAUCCAAACUAACCCAACCCCUAACCCUAUUCAAACUAACCCAACCCCUAGCCCUAUUCAAACUAACCUACCCAAUACAAUCCAAACUAACCCAACCCCUAGCCCUAUCCAAACUAACCCAACCCCUAACCAAACUAACCUACCAAUACAAUACAAACUAACCCAACCCCUAGCCCUAUUCAAACUAACCUACCCAAUACAAUCCAAACUAACCCAACACCUAGCCCUAUCCAAACUAACCCAACCCCUAGCCCUAUCCAAACUAACCUAACCAAUACAAUCCAAACUUAACAAACCCCUAGCCCUAUCCAAACUAACUCAACCCCUAGCCCUAUCUAAACUAAACUAACCCAACCCCUAACCCCAACCAAACUAACCGACCCAAUACAAUCCAAUCUAACCCAACCCCUAGUCCUAUUCAAACUAACCAACCCAAUACAAUCCAAACUUAACAAACCCCUAGCCCUAUCCAAACUAACCCAACCACUAGCCCUAUCUAUAUCAACCAACCCAAUACAAAUCCAAACUAACAGAGCCCUAACCAAACUAAUCCAAUACAAUUCAAACUAACCCAACCCAAGCACUAUCCAAACUAACCCAACCCCUAGCCCUAGCCCUAUCCAAACUAACCCAACCCCUAGCCCUAUUCAAACUAACCUACCCAAUACAAUCCAAACUAACCCUAGCCCUAUCCAAACUAACCUAACCCCUAGCCCUAUCCAAACUAGCCCAACCCCUAGCCCUAUCCAAACUAACCUGACCCCUAACCCUAUUCAAACUAACCUACCCAAUACAAUCCAAACUAACCCAACCCCUAGCCCUAUUCAAACUAACCUACCCAAUACAAUCCAAACUAACCCAACUCCUAGCCCUAUUCAAACUAACCCAACCCCUAACCCUAUUCAAACUAACCUGACCCCUAACCCUAUUCAAACUAACCUACCCAAUACAAUCCAAACUAACCCAACCCCUAGCCCUAUUCAAACUAACCUACCCAAUACAAUCCAAACUAACCCAACCCCUAGCCCUAUUCAAACUAACCUACCCAAUACAAUCCAAACUAACCCAACCCCUAGCCCUAUCCAAACUAACCCAACCCCUAACCAAACUAACCUACCAAUACAAUACAAACUAACCCAACCCCUAGCCCUAUCCAAACUAACCUACCCAAUACAAUCCAAAAUAACCCCACCCCUAGCCCUAUCCAAACUAACUCAACCUAUCUAAACUAAACUAACCCAACCCCUAACCCUAACCAAACUAAACGACCCAAUACAAUCCAAUCUAACCCAACCCCUAGCCCUAUUCAAACUAACCUACCCAAUACAAUCCAAACUAACCCAACCCCUAGCCCUAUCCAAACUAACCCAACCCCUAACCAAACUAACCUACCAAUACAAUACAAACUAACCCAACCCCUAGCCCUAUUCAAACUAACCUACCCAAUACAAUCCAAACUAACCCAACCCCUAGCCCUAUUCAAACUAACCUACCCAAUACAAUCCAAACUAACCCAACCCCUAGCCCUAUCCAAACUAACCCAACCCCUAACCAAACUAACCUACCAAUACAAUACAAACUAACCCAACCCCUAGCCCUAUCCAAACUAACCUACCCAAUACAAUCCAAAAUAACCCCACCCCUAGCCCUAUCCAAACUAACUCAACCUAUCUAAACUAAACUAACCCAACCCCUAACCCUAACCAAACUAAACGACCCAAUACAAUCCAAUCUAACCCAACCCCUAGUCCUAUUCAAACUAACCAACCCAAUACAAUCCAAACUUAACAAACCCCUAGCCCUAUCCAAACUAACCCAACCACUAGCCCUAUCUAUAUCAAAGAACCCAAUACAAAUACAAACUAACAGAGCCCUAACCAAACUAAUCCAAUACAAUUCAAACUAACCCAACCCAAGCACUAUCCAAACUAACCCAACCCCUAGCCCUAGCCCUAGCCCUAUCCAAACCAACCCAACCCCUAGCCCUAUCCAAAGUAACCUACCCAAAGCCAUAUUUAACACUAACCUACCCAAUACAAUCCAAACUAACCCAACCCCUAGCCCUAUCUAAACUAACCUACCCAAUACAAUCCAAACAAACCCAACCCCUAGCCCUAUCCAAACUAACCCAACCCCUAGCCCUAUCCAAACUAACCCAACCCCUAGCCCUAUCCAAACUAAGCAACCCGAUACAAUCCAAACUAACCCAACCCCUAGCCCUAUCUAAACUAACCUACCCAAUACAAUCCAAACUAACCCAACCCCUAGCCCUAUCCAAACUAACCCAACCCCUAGCCCUAUCCAAACUAACCCAACCCCUAGCCCUAUUCAAACUAAGCAACCCGAUACAAUCCAAACUAACCCAACCCUAGCCCUAUCCAACCUAACCCUACACCUAUUCCUAUUCCUAACCAAACCCCAACCCACCACUAUCCAACCUAACCCAACACCUAGUCCUAGUCCUAUUCCUAACCAAACCCCAACCCACCACUAUCCAACCUAACCCAACACCUAGUCCUAGUCCUAUUCCUAACCAAACCCCAACCCACCACUAUCCAACCUAACCCAACACCUAGUCCUUAGCAAUCCAACUCAUCCAUACCUAAACUAACCUGACUCCUAUUUCUAUCCAAACCAGCCUAUCACUCUGUAAACUAACCCAACCAACCCUGACUUAACCUACCCCAACAUUAAAACCCAACUCUACCAGACAGGAACAGAACACCUAACACCUCACCAGCAGCACCUGUUCACGAGCAGUUGUAGGUGAAUCCACCUUUAAACUGUUACAACUACAGUGUCUCCAUCAUGGAGCAAACCACCGUCAGUGGUAGUGGCCUAGCAGUGAAUGUCAAUCACCAUUCAGAAACCAUCAGACAAGGAUCUUUACAAGGAAGGCAGAAGGCUAUGAAGGAAAAGCAUGGUUAAUGGUCUGUACAUAUCAUCAUGGUGUUAUGUCAAAAAGCCUCCCCCCGUUAGGUUUAUCACGUAGAGCAGAAGAGCUGGACCACUUCAGUGCUGCUGGAACAUCCAUGUAAUACCACUGGUCAUUGCAAUCAUAUCAUCAUGUCCGAAGAAUGACCAGUAUUUAACGACUCCUCCUCCUCUCUUUCCUCAGUCUGUCUUUCAGCUUGUUGCAGACUCAAGUUAAGACUGUGUUUUGUUGUUCUGGGUAUUGUUGUUGUUAUGGCAACUCAAUUACGGAGCAGUAACAAAACCAUAAAGCCUCUAUCAGAGUCCAAAAUGUGCAUGUGUACGCACAGCAGUGUUCUAGAAUAUUGGACCGUUGGCUUUCAUACUUUUUGAAUUCUCAGCAGAGGAUGUUGGUUGGGAAUUUUGGUAAGGUGCGCGUUCGGGCUGUGCAUCCCCUGCGAAUUGUGGUCUCAGAGCCAUGUAGCUACAGUAUGUCACAACGAGAUGCCGGACUAUCACGUCACUAAGUCUGUGGCCGGACUGUUUGACUCUGAAUUAAGCUUUACACGUCCUGUACAGGAGAAGCAACAAACCGGCCAAUCGAGACAGACUGACCUAAUGUAAAUAUUUAUCAGCUGACCAAUCAGGUUGCAAGUGUGUGCCUGUUUGUAGAGGGCAUAGAUUUAGAUAGACAUUGCAUCUUUGUAUCUGUCCCACUAUGGCAUCUGUGAGAGAAAAGGCAACACCAUUGAGACCAUGUCCAGUUUGAAGUAGUCACUUUAUUAAUAUACGACUUCUAUGAGUUGGAAAACAAACUAAAAAGGUGCAUACUGUGGUCUGGACUAUUAUUUGAACAGGUAUAAAUGUUGCCUAUUUACUGCCACCUGCAGUUCUGGAAUGUUAGCUCACAAGAAUAAUUAAUUGGCUGAUCCCUCCUGAUGACCUGGAUAGAAUUAUGGGAUCCUUUCUUAACCCAUAGGAUGUUCCACCCAGUUGACUACUUAAAAAUUGUGAAAGUCCUCAAUGCCACUGCCCAUGCUAAAAAAGACUUUUGGGCACUAGUGUUGUCUAUCUAAGUCUAUGGUAGAGGGAAAAUGAUCAUGUGAGGUUACUGUAAAAUAAUGGACAGUGAAAGGACACAAAAUGGAGGCUAACACACUGCAUCAUGGGAUACUAUUCAGGCCUGGAGACUCAAGCCAGGAUCAAGGCAAAAUAAAUAAUUAAUGGACGAACAGUAGAAACAAUGUCUCUUAAAAUAUGAAGAUAAUAAUCAACCACCACCAGAAGUAGAGCUUUGUAUGACCGUAUAUGACGUCAACAGCUAUGUGUCAGCCAAUGGCACAGGUCACCUUUACCUGUGUAAGCUGUGAUUGGUGGAGUGACAGGGAGAUGAUGAUGUCACUUCCUCCUUGCUAUAUGUACCACUGUUACUAGAGAUAGAGGAAUUCUUCCCACUGGGCACACACUGAAUCAAUGUUGUUUCCAUGUAAUUUCAAUGAAAUUAUGUUGAACCAAAGUGGAAUAGACGUGGAAUUGACGUCUGUGCCCAGUGGGAUUCUUCUGAGGAAGACAGAUGACAUGGGUAAAACCAGUAUUUAUGUGAAAGGUAUAUUUUCUACAGUUCAAUUAUGAGGAAUGAAAUGCCAAAAAUAAAACCUGCGUUAAGGUAAGAUGGUCAUCUAUUUUAGAAGGAUGAACAAUGCUAAGGUUUGCCAACUACGACCAUUACACACCAAACCUCUUUAAAUCUUAGCAUUGCUUAUGAUGACAAGAUGCCUUGGUUCAUUUCGGGAGAGGAUUGAUAGUGCCACUAGUUUUAAACAGCCGGUAGUACAGAAAAUGUCAAUGACAACUUACUCAUGAAUGGGUAUUGUGAGUUCAAUGUAUAACUGUGUUACAAUGUCUGCAUGAAUUGUAUUUUUCUUUCUUCUUUUGAAUCUGUUUACAAUUGUUUUGUGAGAUUAUUACUGUACCUGACGCUGAAAAGGCAAUGCAGUCCAAUCUAGAUUUUACUUAGUUUCUUCAGCAGUCUCUCAGCUAGCUUCAAUUUGUAUAUUUAACUAAAUAGAUAACUUAGACCGACAGAAAGUAUUUUACCACAUUGAGUUUUGAUAAACACAUUCCUGAAUUGUGUUUUUUUAAAGUAUUAUUUUGGGGUAUUUCUCUCAUUCCAAAGAUGAACACUAGACUCCACACUGAGUUUCACGGCCGUAUACAUUUGCAAAGGCUGAGUAAAAGCUUUGCAACUGAUGUCACUACAGAUUUGAUCCUUUGGACUGAUUUAACUAUUAUUAUUCUAUAUUCUAAUCCCAUGUUAAUCCUAAUCUCAUGUUAAUCUCUCCUAGUAUACUUUAGUCUCCAAAGUGCCUUUAUGCACAAAACGGCAAGUAUUUCUGUUAAUCUGAGAGAUUUUUUUUAGACAUUAUUUUUUAAACGAAACUGCAAAGUAUGUAAAAACAUGUGGUCAACAAAAGUGCUUUUAUGAUGUUACACUGAAUCAGUAUUUUAUUAACCUGGAGGCCUUUGAAGUACCUAGAGCUCAUUUCUGGUUUAAGAUGGGCAUAACCUAUGAACUUUAACCUACAACCUAUAACCUACGACCGAUGACCUUUUGAAAUAAGCCACUUUUAUUUGGAGUAAAUAUCUACUAUGGUCUAUCUAUAUCAUAUACACAAUAAUAGGUAUGAUUGAUUGACUCCGUUCUAUUUUGCAGCAUUCAGUCCUUUACACUCAUAAUAUUUUUUGUAUAUCAAAAUAAUGGGACACUGGUUGAUUUAAUUAAGUUACUGUGCACCGUUUGUGACUGCAGGCAAAUGCGGUGCUUUUAAACGGGAGAGAAAGACAAAAAAAUGUAUAUAUAUAUAUAUAUAUAUAUUCUCAAUUUGGUUUGGUCACGUACAGUACGAAUAAUUGUCUUUAUUCUCAAACUAAAACGGAAAAGUCAUAUUAUUUUAUUUACCUGUCGAUGUAUACUAUAAACGAUAGAUAAUGCAACAAUGCAUAUCUGUAAACAGCGUGUCAAACGUUUGAUGAACAGUUGAUGACUCCACAACUCCCCAGCCCACCUGAAAAAGCACAGCUCUUUAGCAGUACUAUCUGAUCAGAAACACAAAACUCCCUGUUAGGAAUAGUUUCCUAUUGUUCAUUAAAGAAGCAUAUAGAGGCUGGUUCAGAUGAAGAAGAAUGACAAGGAGGGUAGACAGAAAGCAGUAAUGUGCUGUGCUUUUCUUCAGUCUGGACCUGUCUUUAGCAGUCCUACUCUUGAGAUGCUUUACACUGGCCUUUAAUAUGGGUCCAUCCAUGCGUGUGCGAAUACAGAUGGCCAAAAGGUGUCCCUGUUUCACUGUGAAACAGGUUGGACAAUCAGAAAGAGAUGAUCUGCUUUUGGUUCCCACACCAAGUUGAAUAUUUAGCAGGAGUUCCUUAUUAAAACCAUAAUGACAGUCUCAGCAUGUCAUGAGCCAAUUUUAAGAGUAUGAAUAUACAUUUUCAAGAGUAUUUAUGUUAUGAAAUAUUAAACAAUACACAGCCUUAUAUUGCCGGUCAAUGUGAUGUCAAUUAGAGAUGUAAUCAUUCUGAGAAUACAGUAUAUUGUUUAUUAAAUCUGUUGUUAUAAUGAACAAUUAAGUAGUUAUCUACAUACAUGUACAGUAGUUUAGAUGUGUCCCAAAUUGCACCCUUUUCUCUAAUUAUUGUAUAGUGUACUACUUUUGACCAGGGCCCAUAGGGAAAAAGUGAUGCACUAAAUAGGGAAUUGGGUAGCAUUUGGGAUGGAGACUGUGGUUUACAAAUAUGUGUAGUCUACCAUUGUGGCUUAUAAAUGGUCAACUGAAUUCUGCCGUGUCAUUGUGUAAGACAGUAUCUCGUAGAUGGAGUCGUCCGUGGUGCAAAGUGAAUAUUAGCAGUCAUUAGGAUUUUGCUCCGUGGUUGUUUUCAUUUUAGCAUUAUUUUGGUGAUAGUGAUUGUUCAAAUAUGAAGCAUAUUGUAUUGCUGCCUAUAAUCUCUUGUAGACUGAUGCAUGCAUCUCUUGAUGGUUUGAUCCCUUUCACCAAGCUGUGUUGAUUAUUCUGCAGAUGAAAUCUUACUGGGAGAUGAUGGAACCUUUUAUAGACAUGUUUUUAACAGUUCACAGAAUCCUGAGGGAAUUCCAAGUGUGACAUUUGUUUUACUGCAUUCUGAUCAUGUAGUCAGCAAUUUCAAGGAAAAAGCAGCUCCAAUGAAGAAAAAUGCAAUGGUGUUCAAUAGUGAAUAAUUAUUUUAAACUAUUUAACCAGAAAGGGGCAUAGGGUUAGAAAGCCAUCCACUAAACUGUGAAUAAUAUUUUUCUGUUUGACAACAGAGUUGCUGGUCAAUUGUCAUUAAGAAGGGGCAUUUUAAAACAUUUAUGAUCGGGCCUAGUCAGAGCCACCCUGUUCAUUCAAUUUCAUUUGAAUGUUAAUACGUUUUAGAGUCCUUUGACAUGAGGGUAAUUGCCAUACUACAUUUCUAAAUAAAUAGCCAAUACCUUUUAUAGUUUCCAACCAUCACAAGAUGACAUUUAGAAAGCUGGCUCUGUUUUGGAUGGAAAAGAGACAACAGGGAUGUGUUCAACAGGGCACCAUGUUGUGGAACAUCAUGUAGAACAAACAUGUCACUCUGAAAUGUUAAGUAAUGUAAGGACUCUCGUCAGCUCUAUUCAUGACAUUUCUAUCUGCAACGUUCCACAUUUGCCUACCUAACAUAGCCCAGGACAAAGGCACUGUACAGUGAUGGCUGAAUGUAAUGUAACUGUUGUAUCUGUGGUUUGAAGGGUUGGGCUCAAUUACAUUUCAAUUCAGUCAAUGCCGGAAGUAAACAAAACAUUUUCUCAAUGCUUUUUAAUGAAAAACAAAUGUAAUUAAGAAUUUCAGUUUGAAUUGAAAUGUAAUUUGCCAUAAUUUUGGUGACCUGACCGCUGCCUGCUUCAGGCUGUUUUUAAACUCAUGUUUUCAUUUCAUCUUCUGUUUCACCGCUGCGCUGUAUAAAUGUCUUCUUGUUUUGAUGUAUAUAUUAAAACUGGGGUAGGAAACCCUGUUCUUGGUGUGCCGCAGGUACAGCAGGAUUUUGAUCCAUCUAGGCACCACGCUGGACCAACUGAGCUAAUUGAUCAGUUCAGUAAUUGCCUAAAUUCAACAUACCUGGUCUUCCAGGUUGGUUAAAUCAAAAACAUGAAGUGCCUGCGGCCCUCCAGGACCAGGGUUACCUACCCCUGUAAUAAAGAGGUUUUGUACAUUAUUAUUGUAUUAUUGACUUUAAAUCGCAAUAAAUGUUUUGGACUUGUUGACUCAUUGA